AUGUCGGUAUACGGUCAAACCAUCACACCAGUUAGAUCUCUUAAGAACUCUUCCAUCACUGUUGAUCCGAGAAGAAUAUUAGCCCCGGUGGAUGAGCGCAUCUAUUCUGGAUUUGUGGAGCAUCUCGGAAGAUGUAUUUAUGGUGGUUUGGUAGACUACAACAAAACCCCGAAAACAAAGGUCAAUGGUAAACGUCACAGAGAAGAUGUUUCCAAGGCCAUCAAAGAUCUUAAGAUGCCAGUGGUUAGAUGGCCCGGUGGCAAUUUUGUUUCCUCUUAUCACUGGAUCGAUGGUGUUGGAGCUAGAGAAAACCGUCCUAGAAGACCGGAACUUGCUUGGUUAGGCGAGGAGAGUAACCAGUUUGGAACAGAUGAGUUCAUAGAAUGGUGCCACGAAAUGAAAGUUGAGCCGUACUUCUGCUUGAACAUGGGAACCGGAACUCUUGAUGAAGCGCUAGGAUGGAUAGAAUAUUGCAAUUCCACCGCCAACACCUAUUACGCCAACUUGAGAAGGAAAAAUGGUCAUCCUGCACCUUAUAAUGUCAAGUAUUGGGGCCUUGGGAAUGAAGUUUGGGGUGACUGGCAAGUAGGACAGAUGACCAAAGAAGAUUACGCUAAGAAGGCUGCUGAAUGGGCCAAGGCUAUCAAAUUAUUGGAUCCAAAUGUCCAGUUGAUCUCCUGUGGUUGUACCGGGUUAGAUAAUUGGGAUCAUCAUGUCUUGGAUAAGUUGAUCAACUGGGUCGAUAUGCACUCCAUACACAUGUAUACCGCUCAUGAUGAGUAUAUCAAGAACGUCACUGCACCAGCAGCGGCGGAGACCGCGAUUCAAGUUACCAAAAAUUUGAUUGAUUUGGCGACUAUACAACACCCACCAAAGGCUAAUGGAGUGAACUCAUUGGAAGCAGACUCUAAAAAGAAGGUCAAAAUUUGUUUUGAUGAAUGGAAUAUUUGGGAUCCAACUAGGGCAGAUGGAACCAAAGGUGCUGAGGAGAAAUACACUCUCAGUGACGCACUUGCUAUUGCUUCAUGGCUCAAUGUAUUUAUCAGACAAAGUGAAAGCUUAGGAAUGUGUAAUAUUGCUCAGUUGGUGAAUGUUAUUGCUCCGAUCAUGACCAACGACUCGACAGUUUUCUUACAAACCACUUAUUGGCCAUUGAUGUUAUUUUCCAACUAUAUGAGAGACGGCCACGCUUUAGAUUUGCAUGUUGAAACCAAAAUGUACACCGGAGCUACAGGAAUAAACGAUGGUAGUUAUAAAUGGAUCCAAGGCAAGUUUGGCGUGACUUUAUUGGAUGUCAGUGCCGUUAAAAAGAUAGGGUCUGAUACAAUUUAUAUUGCAAUUGUCAACAGGAGCGAAGAUGAAGAAGCCAACACCAAAAUCGAUUUCCAUACAAAGAUCUCCGGGAUACAUGCGUGGGAGCUCUAUCACGAUGAUGUUUUGGCUUCUAACAGCUUUGAAACUCCAGAUAAAGUUGUAUUGAAGGAAAAUGACUGUCAGAUUAUUCAGAAUGAGGACAAGAGUGUGAAUUUUACCUUUCAGAAGCAUUCCUUUACCCUUUUGGAGGUUAAAUACUGA